AAGCAGCUUCUAGCAAACCUACUGCAUGAUCAUCCAAGUCCUCAACAUUCAGAGUGUACAUAAAUUCUAAAACUCUUUUAAAUAUCUCUGGCUCUAUAUCCGUAAGAGCUACUUGGUUAUCAUUGCCAUCAGACAUUUGUUGAUGAUGAUCAACCAUUUCAUAUAAUUUAGGACACCGUGCUUCCAAUACUCUUUUAUGGACUGGAAAUGCAACACCCUGUACAUAAAUCAUAACGUCACGGUCAUCUUGAACUUUAUAUAACUCCGAGAAAUCACCUGAUGAAUUGGGAUCUGGAAAAUAGGCGUAAACCAUACGCUCGUCAGGAAAUAUAGGAUCAUCAUCCAAAUAAUGUCCAACAGACCGGUGAGCGCGACGACGAGACAGGAGGCGGAAAUGAUUAACAAGGCCCAGAGGGCCAUUCAUACCGCCGAAGAUUCUAUUGAGAAACUUCGGCUGCUCUGUUUAGCCAGAGGUGCUGGGGGUAUUCUUGGGCUGGCAAGAAUAUUUCGUCGGAUGGAUGAAGAUGGUAAUAAGCAGUUGAGCAAAGAAGAACUUGUCGAAGGAUUCGAGGCCAUGAAUUUUGAAUUCGAAGAGGAAGAAAUUGAUCAGAUGAUCACUAAAUUGGAUACCGAUGAAAGCGGGACUAUUGAUUUAAAUGAAUUUAUUACUGCGAUUAGACCUCCGAUGUCUGAGAGCCGUAUAAAACUAGUCGAGCAAGCGUUUCAAAAACUUGAUAAGACUGGUGACGGAGAGAUAACAGUUGCUGAUCUCCGCGGGGUCUACAAUGUCAAAUGUCAUCCGAGAUAUAUAAGCGGCGAGGAGAGCGAGGAGAGUAUCUUGAAUAAAUUUUUGGGAAACUUUGAGCAAGAGAGUUCUAAAGACGGUGUCGUAACCAUGGAAGAAUUUAUGAAUUACUACAGCGCAAUAAGUGCUAGCAUUGAUCACGAUGCAUAUUUUGAUCUCAUGAUUCGUAAUGCCUACAAAUUAUAAAUUUAAAAAAACCCCAAUUAAUUUAUAAAAUUAUCGGAUUCGAAUUUCCCGCGCUGAUAAAUUUUGAAAAUAAUAAAUUACUUACAAUUGAUUUAAUUAAAAAUAAUCGCGCCUGCGAAGUAAAAUUACAAAACUAAAGGUAUUAAAUUUUUUGCAGUGAUAUAUUUAUUAUUCAACUAGUGCAUGCCCAUGAGUGUUCAUAUAAAAUAUAAAUCUUUCAAAUAUUUUUUUUUAUGAAUAAAACAUACAAAGCUUUGAAUUAUCGACAUUCCAUAAAUAAAAUCGUACUUAUACUCUCAUUGUCAGUUAAUUAAACAAAUUUUUUCAUCCACAGCUUCAUUAUUAUUUACAAAG